CUGAAGGGAGUGUGGUGUUCAGACUUUGUGUGAGUGGCGGCGCCAGGAAUCGGGGAAGCCAGCAUGCCUCGCUAUGCGCAGCUGGUCAUGGGCCCCGCUGGCAGCGGAAAGAGCACCUACUGUGCCACCAUGGUCCAGCACUGUGAAGCCCUCAAUCGGUCUGUCCAAGUUGUGAACCUAGAUCCUGCAGCAGAACACUUCAGCUAUUCCGUGAUGGCUGACAUCCGGGAACUGAUUGAGGUGGAUGACGUGAUGGAGGACAAUACUCUGCAGUUCGGUCCCAAUGGAGGAUUGGUAUUUUGCAUGGAGUACUUUGCCAAUAAUUUUGACUGGCUAGAGAAUUGCCUUGGCCAUGUAGAGGAUGACUACAUCCUUUUUGACUGUCCAGGUCAAAUUGAAUUGUACACUCACCUGCCUGUGAUGAAACAGCUGGUCCAGCAGCUAGAACAGUGGGAGUUUCGAGUCUGUGGAGUUUUUCUUGUUGAUUCUCAAUUCAUGGUGGAGUCAUUUAAGUUUAUUUCUGGCAUCUUGGCAGCCCUGAGUGCUAUGAUCUCUCUAGAAAUUCCUCAAGUUAACAUCAUGACAAAAAUGGACCUGCUGAGUAAGAAAGCUAAAAAGGAAAUUGAGAAAUUUCUAGAUCCAGACAUGUAUUCUUUAUUAGAUGACUCUACAAGUGAGUUAAGAAGUAAAAAAUUCAAAAAAUUGACCAACGCUAUAUGUGGACUGAUUGACGACUAUAGCAUGGUUCGAUUUUUGCCUUACGAUCAGUCAGAUGAAGAAAGCAUGAACAUCGUAUUACAGCAUAUUGAUUUUGCCAUUCAGUAUGGAGAAGACUUAGAAUUUAAAGAACCAAAGGAACAUGAAGAUGAGUCAUCGUCAAUGUUUGAUGAAUAUUUUCAAGAACACCAGAAUGAAUGAAGAGUUUAUUUUAAUAUAACUGAAUAUGUGAGGAGCUUAUAGAAGGCAGAACCUUCUCGUGGAAGAUGGAAUAUAAGAAAGCUACUUAUUUUAAUGAAAAAAAAUAAUACUUGGCUCUUUACAGCAAACAGUAGCAUGCAUGAAUCAAGUUCUUAGCUAUGCCAAAAUAGCUGUUGUUUAAAGUGGUCUCUUUUAGUAUUAUUUUUAACAGCAUCAAUUUAGAUUUCAAAAGUCAAAAUUGAAAUGAAUGUACAUAGAUUGUGUAUAACAUAAAUUAGCAUCUGUGGUGCAAUUAAGUCCAAUCUGCUUACUUAGUUUUACUGUUUGAUUUUUGUUAAUUUUGAAGUUUUUUGGGAGGGGAGGAAUUAUUGUAACAAAAUAUAUAUAUGUGUGUCUAAACAAAAUAAGUCUGGAAGGAUAUAGAUAAGACCAUUGCUUAUCUGUACCUUCCAGUUUUCCUACAUUGAAAAUAUACUAUUUGUACAAUUAAAAAAUGAAGAGUGACUGUGUUUUAAUAUAUAUGUAUAUAAAUAAAAGAAACAGAAAAAUAA